ACUUAAGGUCGUGGCAAUUUCAACACCAAUGGUUUCGUCGCCAGCCGACUUAACACUCGACUUACAGGUUGCUAAAAAGGCAAUGGAAUCACCUUGGGUCGAGAAAUACAGACCCAUUGAUUUAAACGAUAUCGUGGGUAAUGAAAAUACCAUCUGUCGUUUGUCCGUUUUUGCUCGAGACGGCAACUUACCGAACAUCAUAAUAGCUGGUCCUCCAGGUUGUGGAAAAACCACAAGUAUCUUAUGCUUGGCCCGCACUCUGCUAAAGAGUGCCUAUAAAGAAGCGGUCCUUGAGUUAAAUGCAUCGAACGAAAGGGGUAUCGAAGUAGUAAGGACUAAAAUCAAGAUGUUCGCUCAAAAAAAGGUCAGUCUUCCCGAAGGAAGGCAAAAAAUAAUCAUCCUCGAUGAAGCCGACAGCAUGACUGAAGGUGCUCAACAGGCACUUCGACGGAUCAUGGAGUUAUACUCUCGAACAACUCGUUUUGCAUUGGCUUGUAAUGAUUCUUCGAAGCUCAUCGAACCAAUACAAUCAAGAUGUGCUGUUUUACGUUAUGCUCGUUUAACAUCUGCACAAGUGAUGGCCAGAUUGCUAGAAGUUUCGCGUAUCGAAGGUGUUUCGUAUACAGAAGAAGGUUUGGAAGCCAUUGUGUUCACUGCAGACGGUGACAUGAGGCAGGUAAAGUUUGUCUUGUGUCUUAUAACGUAUUUGAGAAAAAUGAAAUAUCCUAUUAUAAAUUUGAAGAAAGUAAAAAUGAAGAUUUCAGUUAAAUGAUAUAAAUCCACGGACCACAUCUGCUUACAACCUAGAAACAAUAGAAAUAACCAUUAAAGAGCAAAGUAAGCAUGGAUAUUGUAAAUCAGCAAGGUGUUAAUUAGAUUUUGGCUCAGCAUCCAGAUGUUGUUUGAUGGUAGGCCAAUAAUAUAAGUACUCUAGAAGAAAUCUGACAGGUACAUAAAAAUAGUUUUUAAAAAUUGGAAAUUUGUGUCAUAGUUUAUAUCAUAAUUGAAAAGAUUAGGUAGCUGAGUAAAGCCCAAAUAAUAAAUAUGAAAUAUAAAACUAUAAUAAAUGCUCUGGAGGUCAUAAUAAUAAUUAGUAAAGGACUUCAAAUUUAUUCCGCUUAGUUGAAGCCAUUGUUGUGGAAAAAAUUUAAACCAAAUUUAUACUUCCGAAAAGUCAGUUACCAACCAUGUUUUGGUGACCUCAUUCUCAUAGGUUCGUUUCAUACGUGUAUCCAUUUUCAAAAGAUGAUUAUGUUUUUUAGUACUUAAAGUUUCUUUCAGACCUCUACUCCGUCAACUAGUAUGGUAACAACUAACUGAUAAAAAGCCUCUAAGUUCGGAGUUAGUAAAACACUCCCUAAAGAUUUUUGUAAAGCGGUCAUUUCAGGGUCCUUGGCUAUUAUUUAUUGGUGUGGCACUUGAGUCGAAAGUUCAAUUUAACUAGACUUCUCAGUGCUAAGUAAUCUUGUGAUAUAAAAUGGGUGACUGUCAUCAAAUGUUUUUUAGCUUGUCAAUAAUGUUCACUACAUCUUACGGUUGUUGUGCUUCUCAAGAUAAAACUUGUCGAUAAUAUUCAUUAUAACUCGGAUCCGUUGUUGUAAAAAGACCCCUGAGAAUACAAAUAGUGUUUAUAAUUAAUUUUUUCAAAAUAGAGAUUAAUUUACUUAAUUGCAUCUUGGCACCGUUCACAUUGUUUACUGGCUUUACUCCUGUAUCUAAUAUGUUUGGUUUCUUUGAGAUCAGGAAUGCACAAUGCUAGAUCAACAUAAACUAGAAUAAAUUGUUUAUUCCCUCCUACCUUGCCUUGAUUUACCAAAUGAUGCUAAUUCUUUCUAAAAAUUGUCUCUAGAUAACAUUCAACGUGUAGCAGUCGUUUGAAGUAUGCAAAUUCGUCUAUGCGUAAAAAUGAAUUAUAUUUAAGGUAUGAUUUCUCUGUGAUCUGAAAUAUUUUAACGAAAGUGAAAUUCAGUUACUAUUGAAGCCCAUAAUUUUUCCUCGUUAUCACUUAGUAAUCACUUCUUAAGGUGUGGGCUAGUUGAUUAACAUUGGUAUAAAUUACCAAGACAAUAAGAUAGCGUUUAACUUGAUGAUAUGCUUAAGUUCGUUGCAUGAAUUUACUAAGGUUUCUUCUUUGCUAAAUUCCUCUCCAAACUUUUUAAACGGUUAUAAUAGGCUCUAAAUAAUCUCCAAUCAACUUAUGAAGGAUUUGGGAUGGUCAGUAGCGAUAAUGUCUUUAAAGUGAGUACUGUUUGUAUUUUUCUGUUGGUAUAAUGUUUACUGUUUACAAUAUGAAUCUCUUAAGGAAUCGCAUGAAUUGUCUGUGCAAUCGAGUGAUUGAAUGUUAACCAGUGUACCUUUCACUUAGCAUACACAAAUGUUAUAGUUCUAUUUGAUGAAAACGCUCGAAAAAUUCCGAGUCUUCUGACCAUCUUAAGUAACAUAAAUAAUAUUCUUGAGAUGCAUUUCUCCUCUAAUGAUAGAGUGAAGUAGUUAGUGCAUUGAUCAUCCCACUUAUUUUGGAAGUCUCAUCAGCCCUGAUGGGAUGGUGUCUAACAAAAUAUUGGCAUGAAUUCAUAAAACUCUUUUAGUGUCUGCCAACUGGGAGACAAGGUUAUUGUGUAACCUAAUCUUGAAAAAUAGAGGAUGGUCGUAAGUCACUACUAUUCAAUCAUAAGUGUUCUUAUAUUUUGGGACCGUCCAGUUAGCAACUCUGAGGUUAGACUCAGAGUAGUAGGUAAAUAUGGCGAAUAAAUUGACAAGGUCAGUCAGUCACCUACAACGUAGAACCAGGCACAUAUAUGCAUCGGUCCAUGUUGACAAGGUAGUAAAUCUUCAUUGACUUAGAUGGCUAGGGAAUAUAUUACAUGGACACUGACCGUUGCACUGAGGUAUGUGAAAACUACUUACCUGCCUGUUGUUCAUCUGGUUAUCGUAACUAAUAGUCAGAAACUUUGGGUGACAUGGCACAAAAUCGUUCACAAUGGCGUAGGUAAGUCCAUUAUUUGUUUCCCCUUAGACACAAGUUCCUAAAUCAGUGCCUGAUUAUUUCUAUUACCGCUAAUGCUCUUUACUACAUCUUACUAUGAGGGGUCUUCUUGACAAGUUCAUCUCGUUGUGCUGAUGGAGUAUGACAACUUGAAUUGAUGUGUACACGUGCCAGGUUAUAGGUUCCAUAUGAGUGACUAAUUGAAUGGAUUUCACAUAUUUGUGCUCUCGUGAAGAUGUAUAUAUAUAUAUAUAUAUAUAUAUAUAUAUAUAUAUAAUCUGUUCUUUGGUAAAAGCUUUAAUAUUGGUUGUUAUGUUAAGCAAAAGACUCUUUGAAUAGGAUUAAAUUACGAUAAAAUUAACACUUCAGAAAGAAAUCUUUCUAAGCCGUUAGAAUUACCAUAAAAAUGAAAAUAAGUUGAUCCUCUCUGGAUGUUAACAAGUUUAAUAAAAAACCUAAAUGAACCUAUUGCAUAAAAAUAAAUGGCUUUUGAACAGUCGAACCAUGAAGCGGAAGUUUUGAUAUAAUCUGCGAAAGUUUCAACAGCCAGAGUCAGAUAAAACGUCUUUAGGAACUCAGAAAAGAUUAUCUGAAGUAAUAAUUUGCAUUGGUGAGAAAAUCACUAACUGUUCAUUUUUCUCAUUUUAAUUCAUAGAGAUAUAACGGAACUUAUAUACAGAUAAUUAGUUACAAUUGUAAUGUAACUCAUUAGAUUCUUGCACCCCAGCUCCAUAUAGUAUAUUUAGUAUAAGCUGGAAACUCUAUACACUUCCCCAAGUCAAAGUAGAGUUUCGAAAUGGCAAGUGUUUGAACUGCGAAACAAAGUAGUUCUGAAUAUUUAGUGUACUAGUUUGCACUAAAUUUCAUAAUUGACCUACACUAUAAGACGUGCUUAUUCAGUGCGCUUUAUUAAAAAUGGAAAUAUAUAUCACAGUAACUUAAUCACUUUCAAUCAGUUAAUCGGUCUCUCGAAAGUAGAAUUGUUCAUUUGGUCUUUACCAAGCGUAUCAUUUCAUUAGGCUUCAAAUUUGUUUACACUUCAACCUGGCAACAAAUUUCAAUAAUUUAAGAUAUCUGUUUGUCUGUACGCGAAUUGAAUUUGCCUAUUUGUGAAAUAACCGAAAAACAGUUGUUAUCAAAAUCGCAUUUUUUCACAUAAACUUGCAUGUGAAUACUCACUUAGAAUAAACAUUGAUUUGAAUAAUUUUUACAUUCAUGUCUUUUAGACUAUUAGCUAUGAUAAUCUAGAGCUGAACCGUCAUGCUGAAAUUUAUAUAUUUUUAUACUGUAGGACAAUAGUUUAUCUGGUAAUUUUAAUUUUUCAUCAAAACAUUUGAUAGUCAGUCAAAUGCUCGUUCUUAUUAGUGUAAACUAUAAUUUAUCAACUCCUGUCAGCCUUUCGCUACCAAAGUUUCCCUCCUAAACAACCUUACUACUGCACUACCAAAUCUUUCGCUUCCACGAACAUACAUUAGCAUUCAAGUAACAUGAUGCUUUAUCCAUCGUGUUCAUGAAUGUUUACAGUUACAGACAAAAAAUAAACGAGUCUUUAAUCAAUAAAUUCUUUCAAGUCCUAAAAUAUUUCUUAAGUUAUACUACACUCCUUACUUGUAUGUUAAGAAAUCAUGCGCUUGACUAUUCAGAAAUGAAGCUAUUGGGAACACAACUAUACUUAAUAACAUCAAUUAAACACAAUUCACAUGUCUUAUCAAACAGCAAAACAAUCAAAUAGAGAAAUUCAAUCCCCUUUCUUUUAUGAAGUAAUUCACAUCAACUACCAUAAGUGUGGAAUCGAGUGAGGUAUGAGAUUUCUUUCUAUUCAGAAAUUCAUACCAACUAGUAAAUACAUAAUAUUGUAUUCAUUAAUAUCAUAAGAAUCUAUAAGCCUAUUAAAAUCAUUAUUUUGUGGUAAUAAUUAUUGAAUUCAUCCUAAUCUUCAUAUGGCAGGUUUGUGAUGAACCCCACCCAAUGCUUAUUAAACAGUUGAUUGAUCAUUGUUCUAAGGGUGAAUUGUCAGCUGCUCACAAGAUCUUACGUCAUUUAUGGACUUUGGGAUAUUCAGCUGAAGAUAUUAUCACCAUCACUUUUCGAGUAAUAAAGAAUCAUCCAAUGGAAGAGUAUCUCAAAUUGGGAUUUAUAAAAGAGGUUGGCCUUACUCAUUUACGAAUUUCCGAAGGACUAGGUACAUACCUACAAUUAGCUGGUCUCCUUGCUCGCCUUUGUAAAAUAGUGUUACCAAAAUAAAAAUUUUGUUUUUAUUAAUAUACCAUUUCCGAAUGUUUAUUUUGUACAGCUAGUGACUACCUUGAUGUGCUUGUAUUAAACUCUUCUCACGUUUUAGAUUUUUAUUUUUGUAUUACGACAAUGUUAAACUAAAAUAUAUAAACAUAACAACCUGGCUAAGUUCAUUUUAUCGUCUAAUAAUUGUUGCUAAAAAUAAGAUAAAUAAAUGAUACCCAUCUA